AUGGUUGAUGCUAAUAUGAGUGGUGCUCAAUUCCCUGAUUUUCCUAAAAUUGUUACUCAUGGUGGACAAUAUGUUCAGUAUGACAUUUUUGGUAAUUACUUUGAGAUUACCAACAAGUAUAGACCUCCAAUCAUGCCUAUUGGCCGUGGCGCUUAUGGAAUCGUCUGCUCUGUGUUUAAUGCGGAGCUGAAUGAGAUGGUUGCAGUUAAGAAAAUCGCCAAUGCUUUUGAUAAUUACAUGGAUGCUAAGAGGACGCUCCGUGAAAUUAAGCUUCUUCGCCAUUUAGACCAUGAAAAUGUCAUUGGUUUAAGAGAUGUGAUUCCUCCGCCCUUACGAAGGGAGUUUUCUGAUGUAUACAUUGCUACUGAACUCAUGGAUACUGAUCUUCACCAAAUAAUUCGAUCGAACCAAGGUUUAUCAGAGGAUCAUUGCCAGUACUUCAUGUAUCAGCUUCUCCGUGGGCUAAAGUACAUACAUUCAGCGCAUGUUAUUCAUAGAGAUCUCAAACCAAGUAACCUCUUGCUAAAUGCAAAUUGUGAUCUUAAGAUAUGUGAUUUUGGUCUUGCAAGGCCAAACCUAGAGAACGAGAAUAUGACAGAAUAUGUAGUUACCAGAUGGUACAGGGCACCGGAGCUUUUGUUGAACUCUUCAGAUUACACUGCUGCCAUAGAUGUUUGGUCUGUGGGUUGCAUCUUCAUGGAGCUUAUGAAUAGAAAACCUUUGUUUGCUGGAAAAGAUCAUGUACAUCAAAUACGCUUGCUAACUGAGCUUCUUGGCACUCCUACAGAAUCUGAUCUUAGCUUCCUCCGAAAUGAAGAUGCAAAAAGAUAUGUCAGGCAACUCCCACAACAUCCACGUCAGCAGUUAGCAACAGUGUUCCCUCAUGUAAAUCCAUUAGCCAUUGAUCUUGUAGAUAAGAUGUUGACACUCGACCCUACUAGAAGAAUUACAGUUGAGGAAGCAUUAGCUCAUCCAUACCUCGCAAAGCUCCAUGAUGCCGCUGAUGAACCAGUCUGCCCCAUCCCGUUCUCUUUCGACUUUGAGCAACAAGGGAUAGGAGAAGAGCAGAUUAAAGACAUGAUUUAUCAAGAAGCCUUGGCGUUGAAUCCUGAAUAUGCUUAA